AUGCGCAGUACGGCUUGUUGUUUCUCAGCUCUUCCUCUUUGGCUCAGUCACGUUUUGCUGCUGGAAUACGACGCUCGAUUUCAUAUAAAAUUGAUCUUCAUCCUUCUUCCCGUCGAUGGCGAACGAACGCCUGCGAGCUCUGGAGGAGGUUGAGAAGGAAAUCGCUAUGGUCCUGCAAUGUGCCGGAAACAUCGUGAUGGAACUUUCCAAAGACAAACACAACGCCAGCCUCCUGGACAGACAACUGGUCCAGUUCCAGAGCUCCGUCAACAGAGUGGAGAGCGAACUGAGUGGGCAAAUCCGCUACCUGACGCAGGUUGCCACGGGCCAACCUCACGAGGGCUCCACCUAUUCAUCCAGGAAGGACUGUCAGAUGGCGCUCAACAGGGCCGAGUAUGCUAAAGUAAAACUAGGAGAAUUAGGACGGACCUGUGAGGUCAUGUUGGAGCCGCCGCCAGCACAGCAAACAUGAACAGAGGCCAACUUGUUUGAUUCACUUUUAUUUGGACAAACCUUUGAAACAGACAGCAAUUGGACUGUCAAUGCUUCUGGACUCCAGUGUGUGAGGAUCCGGUGAAGGAUUGGAAUGCAUCAAUGUUCUCUGCUCAGUCAUUAAAAAUAUUUGUAUACAGACAAA